CACCUCAUGGCUCCAUUGAUAAGCAAUUAAAUUGGUAUUUAGUUAUCUGUGCUUCAAUCUGUAGUCUGUAGUAUAAUAAAAAAAAAAUAUUGAUAUAAUCUGUGCGUUUAUUUAGAUCGAUGGUGUGAAAGUGCAGUGGGUUUCAUUUGUGACGGAUUAGAUUUUGCAAAAUUUUGCUGGUCGCUGAUAGAUUUCGAUCGUAAUACAAGGUUUAUUUAAAAACAAAUCAAGAUGGGUAACGAGAAUUCUAUUCCCAUGGAACUAUGUUCUAACUUCGAUGCAGAUGAGAUCCGGCGACUGGGCAAGCGGUUCCGCAAACUAGACUUGGACAAUUCCGGGGCAUUGUCCAUCGACGAGUUCAUGUCACUACCAGAACUGCAGCAGAACCCACUUGUGCAGCGCGUCAUCGACAUAUUUGAUGCGGACGGGAAUGGAGAGGUCGACUUCAAGGAGUUCAUCCAGGGCGUGUCGCAGUUCAGCGUGAAGGGCGACAAGUUGUCCAAACUAAGGUUCGCGUUCCGUAUCUACGACAUGGACAACGACGGCUUCAUCUCCAACGGAGAACUGUUCCAGGUGCUGAAGAUGAUGGUGGGCAACAACCUGAAGGACACGCAGCUGCAGCAGAUCGUGGACAAGACCAUCUUAUUCGCCGACAAGGACGAGGACGGCAAGAUCUCGUUCGAGGAGUUUUGCAACGUGGUGGGCAACACUGACAUACACAAGAAGAUGGUGGUGGACGUGUAGGCGGCCCGCGCGCCCCUCCUCCGCUCUAGCUAGAACACUAUUUCAAUUGGUGUCGGUCGCGUCGCUGCUCCUUUAUUUCGCUAGGCCAUGCAGCCAAGGCAACAACUCGUUGCAUCGGUGCUGCCAGACUAGGACCCUAGUGUUGGCCGGCUACCACCAGCACGGCGAGCUAGCGACGCGACCGACCCGCGCUAGAUCUAUCGUAAUACAUUAAAACAAAUCUAUUUAACUUUAAGUAAUACAUACAUUUUAUUAUAGUUAUAAAUCAUUAGAGGAUCUUUAUCGUAGUCGAAUCGGACGUAGAUUUUUAUUGUAGUUUUUGUUGCAGUAAUUUUACUUUAUUUUGUUAUUUAGUAUUUUAUUUGGACAGAGCUUGUAAGUUCAUCAUGAGUAGUUUGGGUUGAGGAUAAGCGGACGGCUGCUGACUCGACUGAGUAGUAAACUGUUUGUGCCAACACCGAUGACGUCACUCGCUGGCGUGAAGCCGCGCAGCACAGACGCGAUGUUUAAUGUUAAGGUAAAUGUGUCUACUUCACGUUUUACUUGUCCACUGGGGCUCCGUCUCGGCCGGCAGGCAGGAAUGGUCGUUGAUGGGUACCAGUGGAUGCAGAGCUCUCGUAAUAAUCUCGUAUAGGACUCGUUACUACUAUAUAAUAAUUGUAUACACUGAUCUUAUCGCCUUAUCCGAAUUUUAUACAGUUAAAAUUUUACGAUAUUAGUUGUUUAGACGUAGCCGUGUAUAAAGUAUGCGUCACUAAGCUCGUGCGGAGUCCCGCCCUCCCUGUCCUCCUAUCUCACUCCCUCCUUCCGCAGGUCCUCGGCGCCCUGAAAUGACCGCGGCCGCAGCGUACGCGGAGUGCGCGCGCGGUCCCACUAAAAGUGAAUGUACAAAAUAUUCUUAGUACGUAUUCGAGUAAUUUUAUUAUAUUCAUUAUGUAUCAAUUUUGUGUAAUAAUAUAUUGUAGGAAUGUUUCUGAGCUCAUCCGUUUGUGACCGAUUUGUCAGGCGAAAUAUACAUAGUUAUUUAUCAUGCGAUUUUAAUUACGCAUAGUUAAUUCUUAUAGUCGUGUGUUGUUUAUAAUAUAAUAUUUAAGUCGUUUUACAUGUUACCGAGUUGUCAACGGCACCUUACGAUACUUUAGAAGCGAACGCACGUGAAUCUUAAUAUCUAGUCACAGCUGUUGUGCAUUAUUGUACGGAUCAUACUAUAUAUUAGCUACUGUUAGUGAGAGCGGACCACACGCCUUGCCAGCGCCUGCUGCCUGACCACAACUAUAUCAAUUAACGGAAUCCAAAUCUGGCUAGAGCUACUUAUUCAAACUAAUUUGGAUGUAAACGAAAGUUACAUAUGACAUACAAGUUUUUCUAUCUCAUGAUAAAUGUCUUCGAAGUAUUUCAAAAUAGUUGUACCCACAUAAAGCAAUAUUUAUCAUGUCCUAUUAAGGUAUCACCUACUAAACUUGGAAUAUGGCGGGUGAGCCGGCAGAUUACUCUGCCAGCAGUGAUUGUUUGCUUUAUAAAUGUCUAAUAGAUCGUGGCAAGUUGUGAAACAUAUCUCUGUAGUUGGUUGUUGGCCGUCGUGGCACUUGUUGCGGAUGUCGUGUUGUCUGCUCAUCUCCAUCGGUAGGUAGCUUUACAAAGUCUACUCUAAAUAAAACUGAACAUGUUUUAUUAAAAAUUUUCAAAUUUCAAUGAUUGUGCUUGUUUUAUUUGCCUACUCUAAUAUUCAUUGACACUUCCCAGGGAAUAUA